GUCUUACGUCACUGGAGGAGUGUUGGACGUGGAGCUACGUGCCUGUUCGGCUGCAUGGGGCGCAUGGGGCACAGUGUAGUUGCUCUUUUAAUUUCAGACGUUUAUUGUUUACCUGUUAUUGCUUUUGUUCUUGAAUAGAGUCUGAUUUUUAUAAGGACUUGUUCACGGUGAGAAAAAUCUAAUUGGACCUUGUCGACCUGUGGAAACAGUUGGUGAAUAGUUGGCGCAAGCUGCUAGCAACUUUAGCUAUAUGGCAACACUUAGACUUAACAAGACCAAAUAACUUACUUGUUGAAUUGUUGUGACAUUACACCCUGCAUCCCUGUCGUUUUAUGUAUGUCACAAUGUAAUAACCCGUGCUUAUGACAAAUUGUGGAAGACUUGGGCUUUCAGACUCCUUGACCUUCGACAGGCUAUGAGUUUUUGUUUUGUUUUUUCGGAUACUGUGUGGGAUAGGAUGACACGCGCAAGCUCGAUUUAAUCAUAAAAAUUGCAGACUGAGUAAUUUAUGUUUGCAAUUUUGAUGCCGAGAAUGCCUCGGCGCUCUGUUGUUAACUUUAUGUGCACCGGACACCGUGCUUUUGCCCAGCUGUACGCAGUCUCACGUCGUCAGCUUCACACUUCCCCAUUCAAGCCUUCGUCCCAGCCUAGAACUGGAUUUAAACCUGAAAAAGUGGCCGUGGUAACAAAGACAACACGCUAUGAAUUUGAGCAGCAGAGAUACCGAUACGCUGGACUAUCAGAGGAGGAUCUGAAACAGCUGCUUGCUUUGAAGGGUUCGAGCUACAGUGGCCUUCUGGAAAGACACAACAUCCACACCAACAAUGUUGAGCACAUUGUCAAGAGUUUGAGGAGAGAGGGUAUUGAAGUUAGAGUGGUAAAAAGAGGAGAAUAUAAUGAAGAGGUAGUGCGAUGGGCAGAUGCAAUCAUAUCAGCUGGAGGUGAUGGGACAAUGCUACUUGUUGCCAGUAAGGUUUUCAGCAAGGAUAAACCGGUUGUUGGAGUUAACACAGACCCUGAGAGGUCAGAAGGUCACCUGUGUUUGCCCGUUCGCUACACUCAUACCUUUCCUGAGGCUCUGCAGAAACUGUUUCGGGGAGAUUUCAGAUGGCUGUGGCGCCAAAGAAUUCGACUUCAUCUUGAAGGCACAGGAAUCAACCCAACACCUGUAGAUCUCCAUGAACAGCAGCUGAGCUUGGAGCAGCACAGCCAGGCUCACCGCAACACAACACCUGAUGGCCAAAGUGGCACAGGGGUGCUACCUGAGCGCUUCUCACAGCCAUGCCUCCUUCCAGUCAGAAGCCUCAAUGAAAUCUUCAUUGGAGAGUCUCUGUCCUCCAGGGUGAAGUUAAAACGUCAUGUUAAACUCUUACUUCAUAGGGCUUCCUACUAUGAGAUCUCUGUGGACGAUGGGCCUUGGGAGAAGCAGAAGAGUUCUGGCCUCAGCGUCUGCACGGGCACUGGCUCCAAAGCAUGGUCAUACAACAUUAACAAGUUGGCUGAACAAGCUGUGGAGGAAGUUUUGAAAAUUGGGAAGGCACAGGCUCAUCUGGAAUUCCACCUAAAUCAUGAAAUUAUUGAAAAGGUUACUGAAGCCUACAAUGAAUCUCUGGUGUUCAGCCCUGAGGACAGGCAAUUAUUGUUCAGCAUCAGAGAGCCCAUUGUGAACAGAGUUUUCUCCAGUAGUCGGCAGAGGGGCUUUGCCAGCAAAGUAUGUGUUCGAUCUCGUUGCUGGGAUGCUUGCAUGGUGGUUGAUGGCGGGACUUCUUUUGAGUUUAACGAUGGCGCCAUUGCUACCAUAAGUUUGAGUGAUGAGGAUCAGCUUCGGACUGUACUUUUGGAAAACUAAUGCACUAUAGAACUUUGAGGAUGUGGACUAGUUUUAGCCUCAUCUCGGAUUUAUCCAUCACAAACACAAGGUUAUUUUGCAAUCAUGUGGUUUAGUCGAACUUGCACAGUACAGAAAAAAACAUGGUCUGGUGAUUAAAUGAGUAGAUAGCAGCAUUAUGAAAGUUUUUUUCCUUUAGGUAUUAUUUUCCAUGAAAGUAUUUUGCCAAAAAUUAUUUAAAAUUGGGAUUGGUGGGAAAGUUUCAGAAUUUUUUGUGUGCAAGUGGAAUGUUUGUGAAAAAGGCAUUAAUAUUAGAUGGUGUCUAUUUCUUAGUUGCCUAUAUUUUUGAAAGAUAUUUAUACAUAUUGUUGGUGGUUGAAAAUGCUAGAGAAUGGAAGCAACUUCUCUUGCCAUUUAUGGAUUAGGUCAAAUUUGCACAACGGGCAACCUUUUUAAAAUUGUGGCAUGUUUUGACAGCUGGAUGUUUAGCAACUUUGAUGAAGCUAAUAAAAAUAAAUGCAAAUA